AUGACCACUGCCACUAAAUCUUCUGGUAGCAUUUUAGAUUGGGCUUCUAAAGAUGGAGAGUUUCGAAGAAAACCUUCGUCUUUUCGUAAUAAGAUUAGUAUAAAUGAUGCGACUUUUAAACCCGAAAAGGAUCGUUAUCAUUUGUACAUUAGUUGGGCUUGUCCAUGG